AAAGGAAGCUGGACAUUAGUAGCUGGGAGUCUGAUUGCAACCAAGCUGUAGAAAAGAUUGGUGAAGCGCUCUCCCACUCUCUCCAUCAACGUGAAUCUCUGGGACAUCUCCAGGAUUGAGGAUAGAAUGAGGCCUUUGGAAGGAGCCGCUUAUUUUCUGCUCCUGUUACUGGUGGCCGAAUUGCUGCCCGGAUUCUCCGACGGCAACAACCCGCGCUAUGAGAACUUCCUGAACCAGCACCGGGAUGACCCCAAGAGCAGCUUCCACGGCCGGUACUGUGACACCCUGAUGCGCAGCCGUGGCCUCACCAGGCCCCAGUGCAAGGAAAUCAACACCUUUAUCCAUGGUUCCAAGAGGCAGAUACGUGCCGUGUGCGACCGAGGGGGGGUUCCUGAUGGGCAGCUGCAACGCAGCCUGCAGCACUUCAGGGUCACCACCUGCACCCUCAGGGGUGGCUCAACCCGCCCGCCCUGCGAGUACAAAGAGAACACCUCGCCCAGGUACAUUGUCAUCGGCUGUGAAGGCGGCUGGCCUGUACACUAUGAUGAGAGCCAGAUCGUGACCACGAUCUGAAACCAAGGAGAAGAACCAUGUGGCUCAAGCCAAUGGCCCUGCUUCCCUGUGUAAUUCUGCUUCACCCAGGGUUUUGCUCACAGGUAUUCCUUGUGAGUCUUCACCCUUGUCUUGUUUUGCUGUCAAAAUUUGGAUCGUGAACACGCUGUCUUUCUCGCUUAUGAGCAAAGUGCUUUAUAACCUGUAUAAAUCUUGGACGUCAUAAAAUUUACAAAGUUUUAUGUGUUAUCCUACAUGCCAGUUUGACAGUGUUUAGGUUGCCUCAGAUAGAAAGGAAAAAACAGUAUUUUCUUCUUUAAAAAGCAGACUGUUAAAAAUCUGGUUUUAAUUGGGGUUUUGCUGACUUUUUAAAAAAAAGAUUGUUGAUAAAUUUGAUCAUACUCUGGCGCAAGAGCAUCAUAAAAUGGUGUUAUAUGGAAAGGACUUAAAUAAAUAAACAGAUUGCCGUGAUGGAUUCCAGGUAGGGUUGCCAGCCUCCAGGUGUUGGCUGGAGAUCUCCUGGAAUUACAACUGAUCUCUAGGUGACAGAGACAAGUUCCCCUGGAGAAAAUGGCAGCCUUAGAAGGUAGACUGUAUGGCAUUAUACCCUGCUGAGGUCCCUCCCUUCCCCAAAUCCCGCUCUCUCCAGGUUCCACCCUCCCCCCAAAUCUCCAGGAAUUUCCCAACCAGGAACUGGCAACCCCUAGUUCCAGGGUGCAAUAACUGCCAGGCUGCCAUGAGCAAGGGGUGACUUGAAGGUCUCUCCCAGGGUGCGGAUUUCUGGGGGUGGGAAAUGCAAUCGCAACACAAUUGGCCUCCGAUUAUCUGCCCCAGAGCACUAAUAUAAUCAGCUCUGCUCCCUCUUGUAAGACUAAUAAGAACUACAGCUAUGUAGUAAGAAAAUUUACAAACAAUGCACAGGGUAAGUGU